AUAAUACGCUGCCUAUUGCCUGAUCGAUCAUAUCGCUCAUGCAUUGAGUCUAGUGAGAACAGCCCUAGUACUAUUGCCUAUAUAUGCAGUGAGAAUAGCUCCCCCAUUACUCCAGAGAGAGAACAAAUGCAUGUACAGACAUAUAUAUGGUGCAGUGAGAAUAUAUAGCCCUAGUAUUCUUCAUAUAUAGCAUACAACACAGUUGCCAAUUAAGAAAACAUGGGAGCCUGGCUCCUUAUACCCUUCUCCGUCUUCCUCACUUUCACCCUAAAGUUCAUCCUCUUCCCCUACAAACCCUCCCACAAACUCAACGCCCCACUCCCUCCGGGUCCCACCACCAUACCCGUCGUCGGCACCUUCAUAUGGCUCUUCAAACUCGCCUCCCGCGGCAUCGAACCCGUCCUCCGUGACCUACAUGCCACGUACGGCGGCAUCAUCUCUGUCCCCGUCCCCUUCUCUUACCCCGUCAUCAUGAUCGCCGACCGCUCCCUCGCCCACCAAGCCCUUGUCAACAACGGUGCCGUUUUUGCCGACCGCCCUGAGGUCCAACCAUCCAUCAAGUUCAUCACCAGCAACCAACGCAUCAUCGCCACCUCUGGCUACGGCUCUACGUGGCGCCUCCUGCGCCGGAACCUCGUCUCUGAGCUCAUGGUUCCGUCUCGGCUCAAGGCCUUGGCCGGUUCCCGGAAGUGGGCCCUAGACAGCCUAGCUAGCCGUCUUGCAACGUCGUCGUCAUCGGGACGUAACAUGGUGGGAGUUUUGGAUCAUUUCCGGAUGUCCAUGACGGGUUUGUUUCUGUACAUGUGUUUUGGUGAGAAGAUGGAGGAGGAGAAGGUGAGAGAAAUUGUGGACGUUCAGCGUCGGCUUCUGUUGGGUUUGGUCGGAGAGUUUCAGAUUCUCAACUUUGGGCCUGCAUGGUUUACCAAGAUUUUGUUUUAUAAGCGGUACAUGGUGGAGUCGCUUCUUCCAGAUUCUCCAGCAGCAAAUAAACCUCCUGCUGCCUCUGAUACAAGCACGGAAGAAGAUAAAGGAAAGAAAAUGCUCGAGUAACCGAAAAGAAGAUAACAACAACAAUCAAGCAUUUGUUGAUACCUUAAUGGAUUUAGAACUCCCCGACGAGAAAAGAACAUUCGAUGAAGUAGAAGUGGUGAACCAAUGCUCGGAUUUCCUCAACUCCGGCGUAGACACAAUUGCCAUAACACUGCAAUGGAUGAUGGCAAACAUAGUGAAACACCCACGCAUUCAAGACAAACUUGUCACAGAAAUUAGACAAAUUGUGGGAGAUGGAGAAGUUGAAGAGGUGGAAGAGGAGAACCUGCACAGAAUGAAGUAUUUAAAAGCGGUUGUGCUAGAAGGUCUGCGUCUUCACCCGCCGUCGCACUUUUUGCUUCCGCACUCUGUCACUGAGGACUUCAUUUUGGACGGGCGUUACGUUGUGCCAAAGGACUGCACUGUGAACUUCUCUGUGGCGGAGAUGGGGCGGGAUCCGUGUUAAACAGCGACAAGCGUGGCCCGUGGCCCACCAUUGUACCGAUACUGUCCCAACUUAACCACCCGUUAGGUGUUGGGUUUUAAUCACAAAAGGCCUCGGUACAAUUGGGUAAGAGCCACCCACUUAUAAGUUAUAUUUUAUUUGUCACUUUUCCAAUGUGGGAUCUUUCCUCUCCAACACGCCCCCUCACGUGCAACCUAACUCUAGGUUAGUGCACGUGAAAUUAAUUAAUCCAAUUCCCACAUUGGAAAUUGGGACACAAGUCUCAUAUCGGAGACUUGGUCAAUACAAUCCAAGGCCCACAUUGGACACUUGGUAAUUUCAAUGGCAAUACAAGGAACCCCAAUUUGGGCUCAUGAUACGUGCCUACGUGGAGACGCAAUUGGAGAAGGACCCGCUCUGAUACCAUGUUAAACAGCGACAAGCGUGGCCCGUGGCCCACCAUUGUACCGAUACUGUCCCAACUUAACCACCCGUUAGGUGUUGGGUUUUAAUCACAAAAGGCCUCGGUACAAUUGGGUAAGAGCCACCCACUUAUAAGUUAUAUUUUAUUUGUCACUUUUCCAAUGUGGGAUAUUUCCUCUCCAACAAUCCGAAGGUGUGGGCGGAGCCGAUGGAGUUCAAGCCUGAGAGGUUUCUGAGUGAUGAGGAGAACUUGUGUGAUUUAACUGGUAGUAAGGAGAUCAAGAUGAUGCCGUUUGGGGUAGGGAGAAGGAUGUGUCCUGGUUCGAGUUUGGCAAUGCUGCUUUUGGAGUACUUUGUGGCGAAUUUGGUUUGGAAGUUCGAGUGGAGAGCUGUGGAGGGAGUUGGGGUUGAUUUGAGUGAGAAGGAGGAGACGAGUUGGGGGAUGAAGAAUCCAUUGCAGGCACAUAUCACUCCAAGGUUGAAGACAUGAGAAUACAUGUGAACUCCUUCGAACGAGUCGUGGAUCUGUACUCGAUCGUAUUAUACUUAUUGAUUUGCCAACUGCGUUUGGGCUGCAGUAUAAAUAAUGAAUGUAUAAUGAAACAAUAAAAUGUUCAAGUUGUAGUUUACGUACUUUUGCUAGCUACUGGCUUCUUGCUUGAUUCGUUAAUCGGGUAAAUGAUCAGUAACAUGCAUAUAAACUCGAAUGUUUAUGGUCUAUCUUUUUUUCUUUUUUGAAAGGAUUUAUGGUCUAUCUUAUGUAUGCUAAAGGUUUGUAAUUAUUUUGGAUUUUUUAGGGUUUGACAAUA